AUGCAAGAGGGGAAGGUAGUAACGGUCAAGUUCAUUAACCCUCAAAGCAGAAAGGAAGACAAGAACAAAUAUGUGUUCUCGGAUGCAAGCUUUGGCAAGAAAAGCUGGCAAUAUGUUAGCUCUGCUGUAAAUCUAUUGGAUCACAGAGUUGACAGGAUUGUCACUGAAGCAAAGAAGAUCUACAAAUCAAACAUGCAGGACGUCAUUGAAGUAUCAGACGAGGAGGAUUCUAAUGACGAGCAUGCGAACCUUGUCGAUGCUGAUUCUGAGGAUGACUAUGAUUCUUAA